CAAUCUCCUGAUAGUCUGUGUUUCUUUUUUGCAGCAAAACAGUUGUCUUGUGCUUCAGAUUAUGUAGUUGAUCUUGGCAAAGCAUGUUCAGUUCACAUACAAGAAAAGCCAAGGCAAAAAAACAAUCGUUCUGCAGUUUGGAAGAUCUAUGCAUUUAUUAACAUUCAGGCUUUAACAUGUUUGUGUAUGGAGCCUGAUCUAAGAUGGUGUAAGCAACUCCUUGUUGACCUUACUGAGUACAUGCAGCUCCAGGAUGUUAUGGCGUGGUUAUCAACAUUAGGAGGUGCAUACUCAGCAAUGGGAGAUCAUCUUUAUAGUUAUUCUGAAAAAGCUUGUCAGAUUUCUCAGCAUCAGUUAAUUGUGGCCUUGAGGUUAAGAAAUCCUGUUCUUGCUGCCCAAUGCAAAGUAUUUGUGGCACUGAGUCUCAUACAACGAGGUCAACUUAAACUGGCCUCCAGAAUAAUAAGGGAACAGUAUGUUCUAGCAAAAUCCGAUGGUUUUGGAAUGGAUGAGAAGCUGAUAUCAUCUUGUAAAUCGGCCUGGUCAAGAAUACAGUACUCUAAAAAACAAAAUAAGGUAUGUUUAAUUAAAAGUGAUUAUACUACAUACUUUAGUGUAUUUAAGAAGUAUGAUUGAUUGCAUGGUAUGCGGAUUGAAAAAUAUGAUUGAUGACAUCAGAGCGUACGAAUUGGGGCACAGGCU